AUGUCUAUUCCGGCUGUGAUUACGCACAGAGGCAGGGACGCACUUGCCAUUUGCGUAAACGCUGUUGCAAUACUAUUUGUACUCGAAGUCGACAAUUUCGUGUAUGACUUCUUCGUCUCGGAGAAACUCACCCGGAGCUUCGAAAUCGUAACGAGAUUCGAAUUUUCCGCCGAUGACACGGAUGGUGCUCGGUCACGGUCCGAUGAACAAUUUGAAGAGCAGAUGCGUUCAGCCCAAAACCACGCAGAAAAUUCCAGCCCUCGGCCAGGACAGGGAGAAGCGGUCGGGCGGGCAGGAGCAGAAUCCGACACGUCAGUACAUAAAUAG